CCAAUUCGCCGCUACACAUGAAGAAGUGACGAUCAAGGAAGACAAGGAGUCAUAAGACUGCUAUCCUCUGCGAACCCUCAGUUUAUUGGUCCUCAAGUUGAAGAUUUGUUAGCGUCUCACAAUAACUCGGGAGUGUAAUUCGACCACCGAUAAUCAUUUGUCCAACGGGGAGACGGGUACAGCCACCAAUCUAUGGCCGUCACUAAUGCCACGGAGAAGACGCGUCUUAGCCGCCACCAUCUCGGCAAGUUCCUCUUUGCACAAUGCGCGGAGCUCAUGAAUUCUUCGAUGAACCGUGGUCUAGCGCCUUCCUUGACUGCUGCGGAUCCAUCUCGGACUAUCACGUUAUCUGUCAAUUCUCAGGGAUAUACGAGCCCUCCGACAGGAGCUUAUAGUACGCCUUCGAUCAUACAACAAUGGAUGCCGCGGAACGGACGAGUGGCCACCUCCAGUACUACGGUCCUUGUCGACUUAUUCAUGUUGUGCACCUUCAUUUCUGACUCCUUGGCUCGAUCUGUGUCAGCAUCCAUCCCUUUGUUCCGAGUUGUUUUUCUUUUUCCUUGAUGGCUUGUCUUUCUCUUUGUGCUAAGUAACGAGUUCGGGUUUUACCGACUCAUACAUAUCAUCU